AGUUGCUGGUCAGGUUUCCGCAGGAACAUCCAAUGGCUUCUCCCAUCCUCUUCCUCGCUCUUUUCAUAACCUCAGUGGUUGGUAAGCUCCCUGACCAUCUUCCCAGUAAGUACUGCAUCGAGAUUGUCUAUGGUGGAUUUUUUGAUAAGCUGUAUGUUCGCCACGAAGUCACUUUCUUGAACGAGCAUUUCAUGAAGUACGAGCAGUACAACUGGCGAUGGUUCAUUCCUAUCUGGAGGCAUAAGCGCGGGUUGGAGAAAGUACCAAUGCACUACAACCCUUGCUACGAUGCCCCUCAGCCCUACGUUAUGGAUCGUGACUUCAGCGGGUUCUACUUCACCAAGGAGCAAUUUGCCGCCAUGAGACAUAACGAGACCACCGAUGAGCUCAACAUGAUGAUCGACAAUGUGCCCCGCAUGCUUGCAAGGUGCCCAAUCUCGAACAUGCGCAAGGUGCCGGCCAGUGUCGUGGACGCUGAGGCGAUGCCCGAUGUUUCCGAUUAGUGGGCAUGGAAUGGGUAUGGUAACUGUUAGGCAAGUUUUGAGCUUGGUCCGUACUGACGCUACGGUAGGGAAAAGCAGGUACCGCCCUGAUAUUUCAAAUACUCGUCCUAGAUCUGGAUCUUCUUUCAUCAUCCUUAUCUCGGAUGAGGUAUUUUUUUCCGCAUCUUCUUUAUUUUUCGUUCUCGCUCUUUAAA